GCAAGGGGCGGGAAGGGAGUCGAGACACAACAAACAUGGCGGCGGCUGCGACGGUGACGAAGACGGCGGCGGCGGCGGCUGCAGCGGCGUUGAACAAGGCGGCGGGGGUUACUCGGUGCGGAUGUCAGGAGACCUCUGUCUGGUUUUUCAAUUUUAGUUGAAAUUCCCUCCAUGGCCUUUUGGAGUCCCUGGUUGUGUCUCCAGAGCAAAUUUCCAUUACUCUUCAUUUCAUCAAUGGUGGAGUGGCAAGAAAAAGGAGGAACGGAUUUGGGGUGAAAAGGUUUUUUCUAGGUAUAACGAACUGUAAACUUCAAAAGGAAGCAAAGAUGGGUGAAAAGAAACCAGAGCCUUUGGACUUCGUGAAAGAUUUUCAGGAAUACCUGACUCAGCAGACCCAUCAUGUGAACAUGAUUUCUGGAUCAGUUAGUGGGGACAAAGAAGCAGAGGCUCUUCAGGGAGCUGGAACAGAUGGUGAUCAAAAUGGACUGGAUCACCCAUCUGUUGAAGUUUCCCUGGAUGAAAACUCAGGAAUGUUAGUAGACGGGUUUGAAAGGACCUUUGAUGGGAAGCUCAAGUGUCGGUACUGCAACUAUGCCAGCAAAGGGACAGCCCGGCUCAUCGAGCAUAUUAGAAUCCACACAGGUGAGAAGCCUCAUAGGUGUCACUUAUGUCCAUUUGCAUCUGCUUAUGAGCGUCAUCUGGAAGCCCAUAUGCGUUCCCAUACUGGAGAAAAACCAUACAAAUGUGAAUUGUGUUCCUUCCGCUGCAGUGACCGGAGUAACCUGUCCCAUCAUCGAAGGCGCAAGCAUAAGAUGGUACCAAUUAAAGGUACUAGGUCUUCCUUGAGCAGCAAGAAAAUGUGGGGGGUUUUACAGAAGAAAACGAGCAACCUGGGGUACAGCAGAAGAGCACUAAUCAACUUAAGUCCACCGUCCAUGGUGGUUCAGAAACCAGACUACCUUAACGAUUUCACCCACGAAAUUCCAAAUAUUCAGACUGACUCCUAUGAAAGUCUGGCGAAAACGACGCCCACUGGUGGCCUUCCAAGGGACCCCCAAGAGCUCAUGGUUGACAACCCUUUAAAUCAGCUCUCUACUCUAGCAGGACAGCUGUCCAGCUUGCCACCUGAAAACCAAAACCCCGCAUCCCCUGAUGUAGUUCCCUGCCCCGAUGAAAAGCCUUUCAUGAUUCAGCAGCCCUCUGCCCAGGCGGUGGUUUCUGCCGUGUCAGCAAGUAUUCCUCAGAGCUCCUCUCCCACAAGCCCUGACCCCCGGCCAGCGCAUAGUCAGAGGAACUACAGUCCAGUGGCAGGGCCAAGCAGUGAACCAAGUGCCCACACCAGUACUCCUAGCAUAGGAAACAGCCAGCCCAGCACUCCAGUCCCAACCCUGCCGGUCCAGGAUCCUCAGCUUCUGCACCACUGCCAGCACUGUGACAUGUAUUUUGCAGACAAUAUCCUUUACACUAUUCAUAUGGGAUGUCAUGGCUAUGAAAACCCUUUUCAGUGUAAUAUAUGUGGAUGCAAAUGUAAAAACAAGUAUGAUUUUGCCUGUCAUUUUGCAAGAGGGCAACAUAACCAACACUGAUGGAAACAGUCACACCAUGCUCUGUUUUUGCCAUUUUGUGUUUCGUAAGGUUUUUUUUUGGGGGGGAGGGGGGUCCAUCCCUGAUAAGAUGUCUGCUAAUUUAAAGUUUAUACAUUAUAUUUAUAGAAUAUAAAUUUGACAGUGGAAACAAAUCCUCCCCCCCUUUUUUUUUCCUGUCCAUGAAAAUCUAGUCAGGGUCAUUUAUGCGUUAGAAUAGCUAGAAAGAUUGUGUCUGACUUUUUCUUUCAUUUAGACGUUUGAAAAUUGGAGUCCAGUCAUACUCUUCCAGGUGUUCAUUUAAAUUUCCCACAUCUGUGGUCCAUAAAAACUUCAAGGCUUAUCCGUACUCCUGAUAUCUGAGUACACACAUUGCGGCCAGCCGUGAUCCCUGCCCUACGUGACAGCGGUAGGACAGAGAAUUUCCUCCUACAGAACCGGCCACACCUCAUUGCACUAGGUGGUGGGGGGUUGCCUUGAAAUUGGCUCUGAAUUGAGUUACGGUUUAAUUCACGUAGUUUAGGUUGAAGCGAUAGUUUCAUUUCAGCUGAUAGAGUGAAGCCAUUUCAGAGUAGGAAGUCUUUUCUUUUUUCCACAAGGGAAAACUUAAAAGCAAUUUGAUUUUUUUAAAAACAAAAGUUAUAAAAACAUGAAAUGAAAGUUCUGAAAAGAAAUGAAACCCCAGACGUUACAUUGGAAAUGUAUUAUCUUUUUCCUCCAUAACUGAAGAAAUUGGUGUUUAAUAUUUAAAAUAUGUUCAAUUUCUAGUUUAAACACAUGCCAGCUUUCCACUGGGUUUUUUUAAUUAUGCGUUCAGUUUAUUUAAAAGAAACACACAAACGAGAGUACUAGAAAAAUGAGAGGAUUAUCUGUGAAGAUGCCUUCUUUUUUUAAAUUUGACCCAUUUAAAUCCUCCAUUCUGAUGUUAUUAGCAUCAGGUGAGGUUGUUAUGCCUCCCAUUCCUUUCAUGACCAAAGAGGUACAAUGGAAUGCCAUCCAUCUUACCCGCCCCCCCAAAAAAACUACAAGUCCUGGAAAAAGCCAAUCCUUCAAAAAAAAUCUUUUCUGCUUCCUUUUCUUGCUGUCUGUCCUUUGUCUGUUUUAUGGGUACAGGAACACAUGAAAAGAUACAACGGGAACUAAUAUUUACAAAAAAGAAGAGCGUUCGUUCAAAGUAGAUUCUGGUGUCCUUUUCAGAAUUAGCUAUUUUAACAUAAUUUCUGUGAAUUCAAACUGUGAUGCGUACUUGCAGUUUUACCAGUCUUCAUUUCCGGCGAAACAGCUGUGGAAACUCUGCUUGCAUCGCGUCGUCACCACGGUAGGAAAGGAUUCAGUGGUGUGAAAACAGAUGUAAAAUGCGUAUAAACUUGAUGUUUGUUUACAGAAAUAAGACUUGUUAAAUCUAGAGUCUUUUUGAAUAAGGAGGCUAUUGUUUUUAUAUUGUGUAAUAACUAGCUUACUCUGAAAAGUAGCUUGGUCAAACAAUAAAAUAUAUUGUUACUGUUGGCUUCUGUGUACUUUGCAAAUUUUGUUUUUAAUGCGAUUCAAAUCUUGUAAGUGCUACUAAUUGGCUUCUCACCUGUCUUAACUAUUAAGCAUUUAUUAACUGGAAAGGACCUCUAUCCUUAUAAUAAAUUAAAGGAAGAUUAGUGGUUAAGUGCUACGGCUGCUGAACAAAAGGUCAGCAGUUCGAAUCCGCCAGGCACUCCUUGGAAACUCUAUGGGGCAGUUCUACUCUGUCCUGUAGGGUUGCUAUGAGUCGGAAUUGACUCGAUGGCAGUGGGUUUGGUUUUUUUUUUUUAUUGACGGUAUAUGCCCCCAAAAGCCCCAAGUACCAACUUAAUGGAUCCUCUGCCCUCCUUUGCAACUGGUAGAAAGCCAUUAACAAUGAGUUCUUGUGGUUUAACAUCCAAUCUAAGCUAAUCACAACUGCAUAGUUCAGAGAACAGCAUCAUAGACAGUUUUUCCCAACUGUAACUCUCUUCCUUGUCAAAUCCUGCAAUUUUGUUGCUUAAAUCGCUCACUGCCCAGAUUGGUUUUAGUGCAGCAAUCUCCAAAUGUGUAACUUGGCUCUAGUAUUUAUUUAUUGCCAGGAAGAAACAGGUUGCCUUUGAAAUAAUUUUUCUUCCAUUUUGUUCAAGUGAAAGCAAUACCCCAAAAUAGAAAAUUAAAAUUUUCAUUGAACAGAGGAAAAAGUCUCUUAAAACCAGUUUAUUAACUCUGUAUUCUGGGUCAAGUAUUGACAAGUACAUUUUUUUUUUUCUGACAACUAAAGUGAAUGUUUCGAAGGUGCAUUUUAAACGUGGAAAAUAUUUUAUAAUUACAAACUCGAAUGUAUAAUUCUAAUUUUCCUCUGACUUAAAAAGCACAAUUGGUAUUCCAAAGCUGUCAGUGCUUGAAAGCCGCAACCCUAAAUGCACUAAAAGGUUCGAAGCAGAUCUACCUUAGAAAACUUUUUGGUAUUGUAUUUUUUAAAAGAUUUAGGAUUUUAUUUAAAUGAUUGUGAAUUGAAUUCUGUACUUGGAAAGAUGUUAGUAUCUUCCCGUAACUAUUGAAUAUGUUUCUCUCAUUUUUAAUCAGAUAUUUUAUAGGAAUGAUUUGUGGGGAAAAGUUUAACAUGCACUAUUUAUAGUACUUUGCUGUGAACAGGCAAUAUUCUGAAACUAAAUUUAUUUUUGUUCAGUGAACAUAAGUUUAGAUUUUAAAGUUGGUAGAUAAUUUAUCUCCACUAAUAUUUUUUUAAGAAACUGUGAAGAGAUUAACAGGGAAUAAUUUUAUUUCAGAUUUUACUAAUGUAGUGUGUAGCUACAACGUCUUGAAAUUCAAGUGAAAGCUAGACUUUUACUUUGAAAAAAUUACAUUGCCUAUUUUCCAGUGCUAUUUCAUUCUAGAAAUAAGGGUUUGCCAUUCAUUUGCAGAACUGUUUGACAAAGGGAAUAUUACCAAAAAAUAUUCAGAGAUAAACUUCAUUUUAAGUUCUAUGAAAAUAUUUAUCAAAUGGAUGUAUUAUUAAAAAUGAAAAAUUCCCUGCUAAGGCCUUUUUCAUUAGUCUUAGAGGGUGUAUGCUUUCCAGAACUUGUUUUUGUUGAUACGUACUUUGACGUAAAGAACAUAUUUUGUAUGCAAAACAAAACUUGAGUUUUGGUGACAAAAUACAUUAUAUUGUUUAGGGAUUCCAGAAGGAGUUUAAUGCUGAAAUAACUAUAUCUAGUAUGUAGUUCAUGUUGUGAAGCUUUGCUUUUGUAAUAUAUGAAUAAAAAAAUAACACUUUCUAAUGACCUCGAUUUUUCUUUUUUGAAAACUAGGAUCAAAUUAGUUUCUUAGUAACUUUCUGGAAUGUAAAUGUUGAGUUAAUAAAAUAAGGUUUUAUGGCCACACUGGUUUGGAUUUCUAGAAUGCUUUACCCGUGAGAUCUAUCCGUGAGUUAAAAACACCUCUAUAUAUACACACAUCUGUUCUUUGCUUCCUCUUUUUAGUCAAGAUCCAUUUAACUCCUUCAUUGAGGGUUCUGGCCAUAACCAGGAAGGCUGGCUCUGGUGCUUAAUUAUCCACAUCGUAACUGGUAAGUGACUGCCUGAAGUAAUUUCUGUAAGGGCAAAUGGACCUUUUAGGAUGUACUGAUUUCUGUUUAGUACUGGUCUCUGGCAGUUUACAUUACCGACCUAGAAAACAUGUUGUUACGUGCUGUCGAGUCAGUUCCGACUCAUAGCAACCCCUGCGUACUACAGGACACUGCCUGGUCCCACCCCACCCUCACAGUCGUUGCUGCGUUUGAGCAACUGUCAGCCCAUCUCACUGAGGGUCUUCCUCUUUUUCGCUGACCCUCUACUUCACCAAGCAUGAUGUCCUUCUCCAGGGACCGGCCCCUCCUUAUAACAGGUCCAAAGUACAUAAGACGAAGUCUUGCCAUCCUCACUUCCAAGGAGCACUCUGGCUGUAUUUCUUCUGGCAGUCCGCGGUACCUUCAGUAUUCUUUGCUAGCACCAUAAUUCAAAUGCAUCAAUUCUUGGGUCUUUCUUAUUCAUUGUCCUGCUUUCACAUGCAUAUGGAGCGAUUGAAAAUACCAUGGCUUGGGCCCGACCUUAGUUCUUAGAAAACAAAGCAAUACCAAAGUGUUGUAUUAAUUUGUUUAAUUAAUUAGUUUGCAAAAUUUUACCAAUAGCAGACUCAUGUCAUGAUUGGAAACUCAGAAAUUUUAAUGCUGCGUUGAAAAAUACUUCUGUACAAUGUUAUCUUUCUCAUAAUGAAAAAAAGAAAUGACAUCUGAUAUGCCAGUGGUUUGCUGAAAGCACAGAUACUUUUUAUUGCUCCCUUGUCUUAGGUCUUCCAAAAACUCUGCUCUGAGCUUGUUAAGUUCUUCUGCUAGAAGCUUCAAGUUGUAAGGAGGCACUUGUUCACCUAAAAUAAAAAGAUAUUCUCACAUUACUUGUGUAAAAUCAAUCUGGGCUGUCUAACGACACCAGGAAAUCUAUCGGUUUGCUUACUUCAGACAAACCAGUCGUAUUCUAUAAUUAAUCACAACUGAGUUGGUGGUGGUGGUAGUUGCUGUCGAGUCAAUUCCAACAUAUUUAAGAUGAAAACAUGAUUUAAACUUCCUGACAAAGCUAAUAAACUGCUUGGUAUCAAAGGAACAAGAUCAGCAGUAGAGAGUCAUAACCAAACAGCACGUACUACCCAACAUACCUUUUGCUUCCUUCAUUGUCUGAGAGAUAAUUCUUCGGAGCAUCUGAUCAGCUUGAUGAAGAGUACUAGCUGAACAAAUAAUUCUGUCUGUUUCCUAGGUAAUACAGACAUUGUUACUGGGUAUCAUAUAGUUUUGUAAAAGAGAAGGCUAAAGUGUGAAAAAAAAGUGUAGGUGAUGCUUAAUGGAAGGGACUAAAAGAAAAGUUACAACGGCUUUUCUGUCCCAUUUAUUCUUUCCUAGGAGAAGGUCCAAAUGAAAUAAGACCAGUUGUAAGCUGGGUUCCAUCUAGGCAGUGGUGUGGUGAGAAAUACUUAAUAACUGGCUCUGGAGGGAAAAAAACAACAAAAACCCUAUUUGUAGUAUUUGCUAAUUUCUGUAGUGUAAAUACUCUCAUCCUGGCCCAUUUCAAGGUACCAACCUGAUGUCAACCAGCUCCAACAUUUCUGAAAAUUUAACAAUCAGCUCUGGCCAGAUGGCAUGAGCUGCCACCAGGGCACCACUAUCCAGGAGUAGAGACCAAAUGCUGGUGAGAUGCUGUCAUGGAUUGAAUUGUGUCCCCACAAAAUGUGUGCCAACUUGGCUAGGCCAUGAUUCCCAGUAUUGUGUGACUGUCCACCAUUUUGUCAUCUAAGGUGAUCUUCCUAUGUGUUGUAAAUCCUACCUCUAUGAUGUUAAUAAGGCAGGACUCAAUCUAUAAGGUUGUGUCAAGUCAAUCUCUUUGGAGAUAUAAAAGAGAGAAGUGAGCAGAGAGACAGGGAGACCUCAUGCCACCAAGAAUGAAGAACCAGGAGGGAAGUGCAUCCUUAGGACCUAGGGUCCCUGCACUGAGAAACUCCUAGACCACAGGAAGAUUGGUAACAAGGACCUUCCCCCAGAGCCGAUAGAGAGAGCCUUCCCUUGGAGCUGGCACCUUGAAUUUAGACUUCUAGCCUCCUACACUGUGACAGAAUAAAUUUCUCUUUGUUAAAGUCAUACAAAUACACCUGUUACAGUAACACUAGAUAACUAAAACAGAUGCCAAGCCAGUAACAAAGCAGUGUUCACAUUUCACUGAUGGUUUAACACCACUCGGCUCAGAAAGAUCUUCCUAGGAAAAGUCGUUCCUUCGCAUUCAUACUAAAUCCACUGCAAGACUUACCUUCUGUUCCCAAUUGUCCUCGACAUUUUUUACUGGAUUCUCCAAAGCAGUAAGCAAUAAAUCAGUCACCUCCAGGCUGUAAGAGAAAGUGGGAUAAAAUAAAACAAAUCCUUAAGUCAAACAUCUUGUUUUUAAAGAACUCGUAUUUAUGAAAAUUAAACUGAAUUCUAGUGGAAUAAACUGCUGUAACCCAAAAUCCUAAAUGGGGAAAACCCCUUGAAAUUCAGUGAUUUGUAAUUUACCUUCUACUUGCAAAAUCUAAAUGCAGCUCAGAUACAAAUUAUUACACAGAAAACUCCCUCAUGUAAAAAGUGUUAAUUUUCCCUGGAGCAAUAGAGGAAGGAGGAGAGUCAGGAACAAGAGGAGGAUAUGGAAUGUGAAGCUAACUGCCUCCAUGAACAACUGCCUCCUUUGCCAUGAGGCCAGAAGAACUGGACGGUGUCUGGCUACCAUUACUGAACAUUCUGAUCAAAGAGUCCAUAGAAGAAUCCUGAUCAAAAGGAUGAAAAUGCAGAACAGAAUUUCAAAUUCUCACAGACUCCAGAUUUCCUGGAGGGUGGAUGAACCCCUGAAACUAUUGUCCUAAAAUAAUCUUUAAACCUUUCAACUAAAAAUAUCCCCUGAAGUCUCCUUAAAACCAAACAAUAUAGUUUAAUUAGCAAAAAAAGUUCUGCCUUGAGCAUUGUAGUCUUUUAAGAACUAUACAGAGAAUCAAAUUGACAGCAAUAACUUGAAAGAUAAGAAUCUUAGGGGGCACAGAGUUUAUGUUAAUGAGGGAGGAACAACUCAGAAAAGGAGGAUGAGAAUGGAUGCACAACUCAAAGAAUGUAACCAAUGUCACUGAAUUGUACAUGUAGAAACAAAGUUGACAGAUGGUGAUAAAUAUAACUAAUGCCACUGAACAAUUUGUGUGCAAACUGUCAAAUCGGAACCUAACUUGCUAUGUAAACUUGCACCAAAAACUCAGUAUCAUUAAAAAAUAUUAAUUUCCCUAGACUCAUCAAUAAGCUUUGAAAAGUCAUUCUCUUUCUUCCCCCAUUAAGUACUGAACUGUAGGUUAGAAGCACUCCUUUCUCCUAAAGAAAAGAUGCUCAGUCUUUACUCUCUGGCCUCUGCUUAUUUACAGGGUUUGGAUUAGCACUGUUCCUCACUGGGUUGGGGUCCACUGAGGGUUUUGGUGGAAUUUAUUCAUUGAUUUAAAAAAUACUUAUCGAGCAUACUGUCGUAUACAAAAUAUCGUGCAACUACUUAUGUGAAACGAUGCGCCAGUCCGAGAGUGUAGCAAGAUUCCUACUCUCCCCAAGCUUGACAAUGUAAUGGAAACAAAUUACUUAAACAGGCAAAAAAUAAUCAUUUCAGCCAGUGACAAGUAAGUGAAGAUAAUAAAGUGAAAAUGAUAGAAAGCGACUAGGUAGUUCAACUAAUAUUCUUCACUUUAGAUAGGAUGGCCAGGGAGUUGUCCAAGCAUAACUAUGUAGCCAGAGGGGACAGCAAGUGCCAAGGCCUUGAGGCAAGAACAAGCUUCUGGUGUUCACGGUGAAGGUGUUCUGGUGAAGGCCAGCUGGGCUGAAAAGCAGCAGAGGGAGACUGGCAGGAUACAGGGUUGAAGAGUUAAUCAGGAUUAGGGCACGUAAGCCAUAAUAAAGAGUGUGGAUUUGACUCAGAGUGUAGGAGGUAGCCUUGAAAAAUUUUAAGCCAGUGAGCUCAAUGAGUUAAAUUUCAACCUCAAGAUGAUCUUCUGAUAUUGAAAAGAGCCCAGGGUCCUGGAGGGAGACAGCACUGCUCCAGAGCUCUCCAGACAUGUAUCAUGAAUGAAAAGCAUUAGACACCAUGGCCCACCAGCCUCACACUAUACACAGAGUAACUGUAUUGAGCUUUAAGGCACAAUUAGGAUUUAGUACCAACUCUGCUCUUUCACAAAUCUCUUUCUAUGUCAAAACUACUUGGCAACAUACUUAGACUAAGAUAAUUUAGCAAGGGAAGAAAGGCCUGGAGAUUUACUGAAAAAUCAGCCAUUGAAAGACCCUGUGGAGCACAAUUCUACUCUGAUACACAUGCUUUGCAAAGGAAUUUGGGUUCCAGUCUCUGCUCCACCACUUGCAAGCUCAGUGACCUAGGCAAACUGAACUUUCGCACUUCAGUUUCCUCUUCUACAAAAAUGGGGAAAUAGCCUCUCUCCAAGGGCUGCAUGAGUAUUAACACACAGGUGAAGCAUUCGGCACAGUGCCUGGUACAGGAGAGGCAGCCCGUGCAUGACCGCUUUGAUCUGGAUACCUGGCUUCGGAAGAACACGCGGGACUCUGAAUUGUGAGGCUGUUGUGUUCCCAAGCAUUUUUCUCAGGGUUGGGCUUUUCUAUCUUUCUUCUCAUCAGAUGAA